UGUAACUCUGCAACGUAAGUGGUGGAGUUUUUACUGAGGGGGUGUCCAAUUACCCCUGGCCAGUUUUAGACUGGGAACCUCUCCCUGAAGUACUUGGGCGCAAUUUGCGUUGUUGCUUGCUUUUCCACUCAUCUUUAAUAUACACAGUGUUCGGAAUGAGCAUCGAAACGCUUCUGGAGGCUGCCAAGUUUUUAGAAUUGCUAGCUCUGCAACAACAGAAAGCACGUGAAGAUGAAUUUAAGGAAAAGCUGCUACAGGAGCAGAAGACCCCGGGAGUGAUCCCAAAUUCAACAAUCCACUGUAGUAAUGUGACAAAACCCCAGGGAUAUCGUCCAGCUUUAAUACAGCCCCCAAUGCCUCCAGCCUCUGUUCCCAUUACAGUCAUCCCAAUACCUGUGGUCAGUCCCAGUCACAGCGUCUCUCCAAGUUUACCUGUUGCACCCCUGCCCUCUACAAAAAGAGAGACUCUUUUUAACCAGGACCAGAAUCCUUCUGGGAUACCCCGCUCCCCGCAGCCCAGAGUAGAUCAGCACCCCACCUCUGCCCCUGGUACAAAUCACAAACAGCCCCUGCACAACCACCAGCAUCACUUCAUAGGUCAAACUGCUAACACCAGUGUUCAGCAGCAGACCCCUCAGCACUCUAUUCACCACUACACCGGUUCUAUCGUUUCCCCCUCUCCAUCUCAAGCAGUACUUCCUCAGUCAGGCACACUACUGCAGCAUGGCCCCAUCCUCAACGGGUCCGUCAGCAGAAGCAGCCCCCUUGAGGACUCACGGCUUCUGGACAGUAAAAAGCGCCCUGGCGGGGCAGGCACAAGAGAGUCCCAUAACAAGCUUGAGAAAAACAGACGGGCUCACUUGAAGGAGUGUUUUGAAACACUGAGAAAGAAUAUUCCUAAUGUUGAUGAAAAGAAGACCUCAAAUCUGAGUGUGCUAAGAAGUGCUCUAAGAUACAUUCAGACAUUAAAACGCAAGGAGAAAGAAUAUGAGCAUGACAUGGAGCGCCUGGCUAGGGAAAAAAUUGCCACACAGCAGCGCCUGGCAGAGCUCAAGAACGACUUGAGCCAAUGGAUGGAUGUGGUGGAGAUUGACCGUGUCCUCAGACAAACUGUGCAGCCUGAGGAAGACCAGGCUUCAACUUCCACGGCAUCAGAAGGUGAAGAUAUUUUAGAUGAUGAUCUUGAUGAUGAGAUGGAGCUUGAGCAGAGUCCAACUUCUCCUGCUUCUCAAGUGACAAAACCAGAGCUGCAGAAAGUGGUCCCCCCUUCAGAGAAGUCCCAGAACUUCAAUCCAUGCAUCACCCAGCAUAAAGCACCACCGCCCCCUCUGCCACCCCCACGGCCGCUGCUCAAACCCACACCCACCCAGACAGUGACGCCCACAAUCUCCUCCAGCACCAACUCUUCGGUCCUCAAACCCAUGGGACCCACCCCUGCUCUGCAUCCCACAGUUAUAGCCCACUCCUCCGUCUCCCACCCCUCAGUCAUCCAGACACUAAACCACGUCAUUCAGACUCCUAAGCACAUAACUCAUUUGGCCCCCUCAACAAGCAGUGGUCCGAUGCAUUUGACUCCAGCUCAACCGCCCAUCGGCCAUAUAACGGUACACCCAGUCACCCACCUACCUGCUUUGUACUCUCAGCCUGUAGCUGUCACACAACCCGGUAUUGUGGGUCACAUCACCCAUACAUUGAACCAUGCCCAUCCCCAGCUCAAUGGCACAGCGGCUAGCCAACCGUCUACUGCCGCAUUAGUGGGGAAACAGACUGUGGGCACGCAAAUGGUCACUCAUCACACGCAGCUUGUGGGUCAGACAGUGCUCAAUCCAGUAACAAUGGUGACCAUGCCCUCAUUCCCUAUAAGCACUCUGAAACUGGCUUGAUACACAGGACAUACACUAGACCCAAUAUAAUGCAGGAGAGCAGUCUUUACUGUGCAAAGUUUCCCAAAAGCAUUAGAGAUGGCAGAAACCAAAAAACCUUGCUUGAUCCUUUUACAGCUCUGUCUUCCUACUUGUGAAAUAGCAACAGCAUUAAGAACCUAGAAUACCCAACUUCUUCUCCUGUGUGAUGUGAUUUAGCAGAGCUCUUCCCCUCAAGCGGAGAUGUCAGGAAAUCAUGGGGUAAACUUUACACAGGAUUUAGACUCUUGGACUGUGCACAUAGAAAUGGCGCCUCCUGCUGUCUAGUUAUAUUCUUAAAAAUACUGAAGAACUUGUGCCUCUGUGAAAGUGGCAAUGUGACAUCAUUUAAUAUGUACUAUUAUCAAGUGACAAUACUGACAAUCAAUUGACUUUUUGUCAUUGGCAUUUGCCAUUGUGCAUUGAGCUAAGGGUGAAAUUAAUGUUUGUUUAUGCUGCUAUAGAGCUAUUAGAUUGUGAUUGUACCCUACAGUCUGAUCUCAUGUUAAAAUUACCGUGAAGUUUGAAAGCUCUUAACACUAGAUCUGCAGAUCAUCAGAUUGUUUUCUGGUGAGAGGGUACUGAAUGUCAGUAGAUCCAAAAGCCUUGCCUUGUGCUGUGUCUGUGCUGUCAUGUAGGUUGUAGAGUAUGUGCCUGCAUUCAGAGCAUGCCACAUCUGUGUUAUUUGUUGAGUAUUUGAAACCAGGUCACAUGAGUAUGUCUUAUCUUAUGAACUUACUCAGUGCAACAUAUUUAGGAAUACCUCUGCUGUGGUUAAUGGCUCUGGGAUGAACACUUGUACAAACUAAUAGCUAGAUUCAGGAUGCACUGUGAAAUGUAUUUAGUAUAAUUAAGCAGCAAACCUGAACAUUUAGCAAUUGCCUUUGCUAGUUAAUCUACAAAUUUAAUUGGAAUGUAUUGUUCCAUUGUUAGCACAUUUGUAUGGAGGAGUUUUUGUUUUUUUGCAAAAAAAAGUAAUAGAUUCUUGAAUAAAUUAUCACACGUGACAUUAAGAUUUAUAACAGAUAUUUUGUAUAUUACAUUGUUGCUUGUUUCAUCUACAGCUUUACCUUGUAUAUUUGACAUUGCACAUUUUUGGGACCACAUCAACUGCUGGACAUCUUGGUGAUGAUUUAGACAGACCUUGUCCAAAAAUUAUAUACAAUUUAGUAUGAAGAUUUUUAUGUGUAAAAGUUGAUGUAUGAAACAAGGAAUUGUGAUACUUGAAAUGGCAACAAUAUAUGUUUUCCCUAUGGUGAAAGUUUAAGUUAGUACUUUUUAAGUGUUGAGCUGCAUUUAGAUCUAAUUGUAUUCUCUAAAGAUCAUGACAUGCUGUACGAUAAUGAAAAACACUUUGUAUUAAAAAAAUAAAUAAAUUGUAUUACGUUCACAA